AUGGGAAUGGGGAAAACAAUCCAGGCGAUCUCUCUUGUUCUCACAGCACGCUCUCUCCAUAUGACAUCUAGUGAGCCCCACCAGUCCGAUAUUCACGGAUCGUCCUCUGCCUCGUCAUCGGCUCCCCUGCUUCCUGUGGCCAAAUCCACACUUGUCAUUUGCCCUUUGGUCGCAGUUAUCCAGUGGGUGGGUGAGAUUGAGAGGUACACUAAAGAAGGCAGCGUCAGGGUUCUAGUGUACCAUGGAGCCAAGAGGUUAGGCAUGAAUUAUAAUUUCAAUGAUUACGAUUUCGUGCUGACCACAUACUCGACCAUCGAGGGAGAUUUCAGGAGGAAUGUAAUGCCACCCAAGGAGAAGUGUCAGUGGUGUGGAAGGUUGCUGUAUCCUAGCAAGAUGAAGGUCCACCUAAAAUAUUUUUGUGGGCCGAGUGCUCAGAAAACAGAGAAGCAGUCAAAACAGACGAAGAAGGGAGCAGAAACCUCUAGUUUGAAAAAGAGACAGAGAGAUCUUCACAAUAUUAGGAAGGAUGAUGUGUCUGGUUUAAAAGCAACCUCAUCCAUAAUGAAUUCAGUUUUGCACUCUGUUCGAUGGGAUCGCAUUAUCCUGGACGAGGCAAGUACAAUAUAAAACAUCUGACUAGAUUCUGAAAUCUUCUAUCUAGCUUGAAAACUUUGUAGAUAUGCUAAUUGCUAUCACACUUGUGAAAGGUUACUAAGCAUGAUGUCUAAUGGCUUCUACACUAGUGAUCAUUCAUGGUGAGAAUUGCCGUUGAUUUUCAUUUGUUUAGAUAUUACGAUUGGUAACUCACAGGACUUAUUUAUUAAUUCUCCCGUGUUAUUCUGUAGUUUUUUAGCUGCAUUUGCUGCGUUGUUGAACCUUGUCUUCUCUGGACCAAGUUAAUAUUUUGGGAUUCACCAAUGAAGAUACAGAAUGUUUUGGUUGUUGCCAUGUUGUGUUAUUGGCGGACAGCAUUUUGGGGUUUCUCAAGAUUGGAUACAUGUAGCUUUUUUUUCAAGUGGUCUCAUUGUUUCGACUGAAUUGACAAUAGUGCACUUAGUUUCGUAGGGUUGCAAUAUAAAACGUAUCCAUUCCUUUGAUCAAGGACGGUUAUAUUGUUUCUUGAAAAUUCAAUUUAGAGUAGAGCACUGAGGUCAGUAGAAUCAAAGUUGCUUGAAUGUUUUUAAUCCAGUAGGGAUCCAUCGCUCCACCCUGCCUUCCCUUCUAACGCGAACAACGAAAAUUAUGGAUUUUUUGCAUUUAAUCCAUGAUCUUUCAGAGGCACGUUUUCUUUUGCUGAUAUCCAGAGAUAAAUGUUGGAAUCAUUCUGGUUACAGUUGAUUUUUUCACUGUAGAUAGUAGCACGGGAUUGCUUACACUUGUUAACCCAGUCAUUAUCCGCUAGAGUACUGAUUCUGAUCCAUAUUUGCCUAUUACCAUCCCCCCAAUGACAUUUUUUAUGGUGGACCGCCAGUAUGUUCGGUUCCCUUUGUUUUGUUUUGUUCCUGCUUCCCUUCCUCAAUGUUGAUCACAUCUGCUUUCUUCCUCCAGUUCUGCUCACUGUCAUAACCUGUCCUUCUAUUUUACUUCCCGUGAAGUUCUGAUACCAAGAGUUUGCUGGGGGUCGCUGGUUGUUGGGGUUAUGUGGAUACAGGAUUAUUGAAAUAUGAGUCUUAUCAACAUUUUCUUUUAUUCCAACUCUUUUUAACAAAGAGUGGUACAAUGUCCUUAAACUUUUAAAGCUGCCUUCUUACAUGCCUGAGUAGAUAGAGCCUGAUUGAUGGAUUGAUGGAGAUUCCGAAUCUGAUCCACAGAUCACUUCCUAGGCCUUCUUCCAGUGGCUUAUUUCGCUCAUUUCUUAUUUUUCUUUGCUUCAGCUAUUUUUCUUGCUUGAGCAAUGUGCUAUGCUUCUUCAUGUCUCUGGCAUGAUUUUAGGGACAGGUACGACUGAGAAGUAGCAUAUGCUGGUGCUUUGGAAUGGAACAAAUGGGUCUAUUCAAGGAUGUUAGGAUGUCAUUUUGUCAUAGAAUCUUGCCAUUUAUCCAUUGAUCUUCACAUAUUUUCCCUCUCAUUACGGUGUGUUUUCUUGCUUGGCUGAUUGUUCACAAAAUCAAGUUUUUGUUGUUUUCUGCCACCGAAAGCGAAAAUCUUACUUAAUAAUUGAUAGGACCCUGCAUCUUGGCAGGCAAACACAACAAAACUACGGAGAUGGAGACGGAAAUAGAAGAUUAAACGAUAGGAAAAGCAGUUUGGGCUCUGACGAACCCUAGAGUCAGUGGGGACGUUCUAGAGCCCCCCUGCUCUCCUUCAGCUGCAGCUGCCCAAGAAUAAUCCUUUGAUACCCCUGAGCCCUAAUACCUCUUUCCCUUUUGUGAGGAAAAGACCUAGCUGCCCUUCAUUAAAUUCUCACUAGAAAGGAUUGUUUUGUCCCUUUGAGGUGAGGUGCUGGGCCCCCUUUGUGCACCCCUUCUAUCUAUGCCUACAGUAAGUUGGCCCAUUGGUGACCUAACAAUAGUCACCUAGAAGAGCCAUAUUGUUCAUUUCUAAUGGCCAUUUGGGUGUAUUUGAUAUAUUAUAUAAAUGACUUUUCUAGUUUUAUUGAAUGUUUAUGCAGGCUCAUUAUAUAAAAGAUAGACGUAGCAGCACUGCAAGGGCUGUUUUUGCCUUGCAAUCUUCGUAUAAAUGGGCCUUAAGUGGCACUCCCCUUCAGAAUCGUGUUGGAGAACUUUACUCACUGGUCUGUAAAUCACGCACUUUUUAAUUUAAAACUCCAAUGUGUUUGUUUGGCUACUUGGCUGAUUUUAUCUUAUGUACCAUGCAGAUUCGUUUUUUGCAAAUCAAGCCUUACUCGUUUUAUUUCUGUAAGGAUUGUGACUGUAAGAUACUUGACUAUAGGUAAGCUUUUUGAUGUCUUCGAUUGAUUCCUGAAAUUCUUGUUGGUUAGACACUAACUGAUGCAAAUUCUCUUAUCAAUCAUAAAUACCAUGUAAGCUAUGGUUAUCAAAAACUUUUAUCCAUCAAGAAUUCUUUUGUUCACCAUAUUUUUCUUCCAGAAUAAAGGUUCUCUGGUGUUCCAGUUGAUAAUGUAAUUGCAAUAGAAUACCUACUGCGUUCUUCUUGUUUUUAAGAUGUCAAUGUUAUGUAUGAGGCAUUGUGAAAAGAAAUGGUGUGGGGCACUUUGGAUGAACUGUGGGUAAUCCGUCUGAUGUUCUGCUCCUUUUCAUUUAAGAUGUAAGUCGCCAGGGAACACUAUGUGGUCUGUGUAUCGAAUUUUAUUCGUUCUCACUUGAACCUGCAUUAAGAUAUUUUGGAAGGUUUGGCUUACUGCUUUCUUUCCAGUGGGCAGCUUCAAAAUUAUUGUUCAUGUCAAAUUAGCUCAUUUUGAUUAAAGUCUCCUGGUAUGUGCUGAAAUUGGCCAUAGUCCAAUGAAUUUCGAGGGUAGGAAUCAAAUCUGGCUUAAUAAUGUCAAACUUUUUUGUGGUUGAUGCCUAACCAAGUUGGGUGAUGAACUGCAAGAUAGGACACGGUUUGAUCAACUCACUUUGUCCUUCAUGAGUCAGUCUUUCUGCCCCACCUCUAGCUCGUCAGGGCUUAAAUUUGGCCGUUUUUAUCGCUGAAUUACAAAACAUUGAGAUCAAAUGCAAGUGCUGCUUUUUGCGGGAUCAAAACCUCUUCCAUCUUCUUAAUUUCGCCUGUCUGAGUUUGGUAUGGCUGUCGAAAAUGCAAGCUGAACAGCUUAUAUGUUUCCUUUUUUUGUGACCAAUCUCUAAACGUUGAGAGCGAUUGGCAGAGUAGGCGCAUUAAGGUUCUACACUCCACCCGAGGUUAUUUUCCCACUGGCAUACCCUUUUUUGACUAGGAAAAAAAUCCUGCAGAAAAGUGGUAUAAAAGUGCGACAUUUGCAGAAACAAUUGGGAGCUUUUAUGUGCAACUUGUUGCUAUAUUUAAAACUUGACUAAUUAGUCAUCAUUAUUUUGUAUGCCAAGUUUUGGAAACCUGUGCACAAAGUUGAGGGUUUUUAUGACAGUCUGGAGUAGAACGUAAUUGAACAUAAGGCAUACAGCAAAUAAUAGUUGAAUAUGAAUUAAAAUUCGAAACUUUUGCAUUCAAGGAAUUUUAAUCAAUAAUUGGAAUGUGCAACACUGCAUGUAAUAAGUCAUUAUUGAUGGCAGGUAGAUGGGCAUUUCAAUUAAUUUUAUUGAUACAACCGCAGGAUUUGUCAUUAAUUACGAUUAGAAAUUUGAGACUUCGGCACUGUUGAAGAAAUUGGUGUCAAGAAACAGCAUGUUGGGUGACUAUCCCCUGUACCAUCGAUCUGAUUCUUAUCCAUUUGGAUGAGACUGUUUUUUUACUUAGGUCGUUGGAUGACACUGUUUCUGGAACCCAUGCUAAGCAUUAUUUCCAUAGAGGUGUCUGCAUCUAGCUGCAAUCAAUGCAUGAUUGUGUGAAUUGGGUCCUGCUAGAAGGUAGGAAAGUAAAUGAUAGGAGUCCGAAUCUGCGGUGCAAUAAUUUUAGGAAAUGGAGAUCGAAAAUACCAGAAAAGGGGGGAGAUUGGGUUCCAGAAGGAACUCUGUUCCAGUUCGUGGUAACCGUUCGAGAGGACCACCUCUCUCCUCCACAAGCUGCUACCUGCCCAAAAUCACGUCCUGCUUCCUCUCGUAACUAACCCUAAUAACCCCUUUCUCCCCACAAAACAUUGACCUAAUUACCCAUACUUAACCCUCCUGUCCCAAUUACUUAAGAGCUCUUAGCUUAGGCUCUCUUUCUAGGCCUUAAGUUAGGCCUGUUAGGCCCCUAUGGGUCUAAUAUUGUCCUCCUAUUCUUCAGGUGUAAACCCGACCCAUUGGGCCAAUUGGGGGGUCUAACAGUAAACUGUUUGAUAGAUUUGACUUCUCAUUGAAGUAAAUUUUGGCUAGAAGUGGGAUGCAAGUUGCAUCUGCGAGUUGACAGCAUGACUAGUGUGAGGGUUCUGUAGUGGUUCAUCCAUCACAUUUAGUAAAAUAAUAUCUUCAAGUUUCAUGGUGGCCUGAAACAAGGGUUUAAGAGGCUGAGAAGAAAGAUUCUGAGUAUAGAUCCUAUUCUCCCUAAAACAGUUAGUGUAUUGGAUCCUGAAGGUUAAUUAAAGAUCAAACAGAAGAUGUUGCGGCUAUCUUGGUGUCAGUCAUUGAGUACAUACAAAUGACGCAUGAACUAAUAUGAUUUGUUGUGGCUCAUGAUUCGUAUUCAAAAUGUGAUUUUGAAUGUGUUUAAGUAUGGGAGAUGUAUUAUGGUCACAAGACCAACUGCCUGUGAACAAUCACGUGCAGGAUGAUAAUGAAGCGUGUAGAAAUUUCUCACCAUAUCUAGAGGGAAAUUUAUUAUAGGAGGAGAUCAUCUAUUCCUAGAUUUGAGCAAGGUAACCAUGAGAGACUUCAACGCUAAGUUUGAGGGAGAGGUAAAUGGAACCUGGUGGCUGUAAGAAGGCUCUUUUGUGUCUUGACCCAAUGAUGUUGACCUGAAAUUCAUCCAUCGGGAUACAUGCGUCUAUUAUCAGCAUAAGAUGUUGUAUGCUGUUUAUUGAACUCAUAUCCCUAUUGAGUAAUUUGUUGAACCUAAUUUUACGUUAUUAUUCUCUUAAUGAAUAUUGCGGGGAUGCUGGUCUGAUGAUACAGUAGAUUCCCAUUAGCUGGGCACAUCCUUGAGUUCUUAUAUCAUGGAGGGGAGAUGACUAUGUGCAAUGUCCGUUCUUAAAUUUAGCCUCAAUUCCCAAUGAUCCGGUUUUAUAUGUAAGAAUUUAGAUUUCUUCAUACUUUUACCAAGAAAGCUCGUUUUCAAUGUUCUGGCUUGUUGUUUGUAAGUUUUCUAAAUCAUAUUGUAUGUGACUGGGUAAUUAUACUUAUCUGAUAUGGGUCUUGUCCAUGUGGCGGAAUUAAUGUGGAUUGUGCAAAAUAUUAAAUUUAUUUUCUUAAUUGUUUGGUUUUUCUGCAUUAUGCCAUAUCCAACUUAAAUACACUCUUGAAAAAGCUAUCUAGCUUGUGGAUUGUAGUUUUUUCAUUUAUUUGUAUUUUGUUGACAUUUUUGCAAUUCGUCUCUUGUUUGUUAAUUUUGUCUGCAUAUAUGAUGCUUAUGUUCUUGGUAACAAAAUUGGUCAUCUCAUUGGGAUAUUUCAGUACUUCUGUGCACUGUGAAAAUUGUGCUCAUGGGUCAGCAAGACAUUUUUGCUGGUGGAAUAGAGUAAGUCACGUAAUAUUUCUAAGAAUGUGCUUGAGGAACUAGAUGUUACUGUGCUGGUGUCUUCCUAAUAUUCUACCUUCUCCUAUUAGUAUAUAACUAAACCAAUACAAACCAAGGGACAUUUGAUCGAGGGAAAAAGAGCUAUGAUUCUGCUGAAGGAGAAGCUAUUGAAAAGCAUUGUGCUAAGACGUACCAAGAAAGGCAGAGCAGCAGACCUAGUUCUGCCGCCAAGAAUUGUAAGUACAAGGAUUCAUAACACCAUCUGCAUAUCUGCUCUCAAAAACUUGAGCUUUUUUUACUUCUCUGUAAUAUAUACUUCGAGCGUAACAUCAUAAUUUUUUGUUUAGGUUUGUUUAAGGCGAGAUGCUUUGGAUAGCAAUGAACAUGAAUUUUAUGAAGCCUUGUAUACACAAAGUCAGACUCAGUUUGGCACGUAAAUACAUCUGGCCUAUCUUAUUUAUUUUCUUCUUUUUGUAGCAUGGGGUAAACAUGAUCUUUAUAAUUUGUUCUUUUAUUUGAAAAUGUCUUCCGUUUAUCUCCAUAUUAUGUUUCAACAGAGGUGGUGAUUAAUGGGCAUUUUGUUUGGAGGUGGGCAUUUGUGUCUAGUGGUUUAUUUUUUUAUUGGAACGUGACCAACUCUUUCAGGUUAUAUAAUGCUUGGUCAAAUUUUAUGAAGAACUGCAUUGAUGGUCUGGGGAAAAUGUAGGAUUCCUUAUGACUGGGACCAAUGCAUACUGGAAUGUUUUGACUUCGUGCACGGUUAAGUUGUUUCUGGAGACUGUACCCUGAGUAUCUGACGACGCUCAUUCCACGACACAUAUCUGCCUGUGAAUUGAUGUAUCUUUGUUAGGGUUUGGAGAAUAAUUAAAGUACCUUCGUAUCCCCAGUCUGUUGAAAAAUUACUGGCAAUAAGUUAAUGAAAUAAAAAGAAAUAAUCUCAAGUUAAUCUGAUACUUUGCCUUGAAGCUUUCAACCUGACAUCUAGAUAUCAGGACCUCAGUCCGUGAAUUUUACCAGAAUCCUGGUGGCGUGAUUCUACCAGAAUGAAACAUCCAGGAUGAGUGAAUUUACAUUCCACUUAUCUAAAAACGUUUUGAAGAGUUAUAGAGGAAAACAGAUGGGAUGUUGACAUAUCAUUGACCUUCGGAUUAAAAAUAAAAGAAAAUUCAUAUCAAUUUUAGACAAAUCUUGUGGAGUAUUUCUUUAAGAAAUAACCGUCCACACAAUGACGUCUAUGUAGUUUGAAAGCUUUCCGCAUUUGAACUAGGCACUGACAACUACUUUCAAAAGAAAAGAUCCACUGGUUACUAAAAAGAUACUUGAGAUCAAAGCAUUGAGCACAUUUUUCCUCGGAAAGCAAAUCUAUUACCAUCAAAAUUAAGUGAUAAUAUCUAAACAAGUAACUAUCUCACGAAAUUCUUUUGAAAUGCGACGUAUUGUAGAAACUGUUUGCUUAACGUGAUAAAAACUAUUUAGUACAUCCGAUUGACCCUGAGACUCCUCUUCUUUUUUCCUUUCAGCUUCCUAAGUUUUGGUUAAAUAUCCUAUGGUAUGCUUGAUGAAUGAUAACCUGUAUGCGGCUAUCUUCCAUAAUUAGACCAUUUAAUCUCAUUAUCGAUUCUUUUUUUUUUCGUUGUAUUUUUUCGGAUGCCAUCUCUUCCUUCAAUGGCACAGUGCCACCCAAAGUUCUGAAAUGGGUAUUCGGGGUGAAAUCGGUCCUUUUUUCAUUCUUGCCCUUAAAUACAGAGGAAUGAAGUUUCUUGUCCGUUGAUCUUGUGAAUUUCUCGAUUGGCUAUCCUCAUGAAAAAUUCUAGAAUUAGAGAUAGGAACAGCAAGUAGUCUCAAGUUGCUGCGGACUUUCAUGGAAUCACAAACCAUGGAGAUCCCAUUAAUGUGACAAGUUAUUUGAUAGCAGUUAUAUGUGGCUAGCUUUCAUAUUGAUCUUGAUUACCUUUGAAACAUUGACCUCUUCGAUCACAUUCCUUUUUAUUAGUACCAAACGAAUGGCCAUGAGCAUGUCUAUUUACAUUAGACGUAUUGAAAUUCUUUACUUCCUGUAGUUAAGAUGCAUGAAUUAUUCGUUUCCUUUUGCAGUUACGUUUCUGCUGGAACCUUGAUGAACAAUUAUGCUCAUAUCUUUGAUCUUCUUACAAGGUUGCGUCAGGUCUGAUAUCAAUCACUUUUAAUCAUGAAAAAUGGUUUCUGCUCAUGUAUCUAUAUAUUUUUUCUUGUCAUUAGGGUCUAUUGAAUUUUUCAUGCUUAAUCUUUUUGAAGUCAUCAUCAACUGUUUGGCAUGUAUUCCAAUCAAAUUUUAUUACGAUUGUUGAAUUAGGAAUGAUGUAAUAUUCAUUUUACACAUGCUUGAAGAUCAUUGUGCUAGAUAAAAAAAAAUUAGGGAGAGUUUAAGGCAGUUGAACUGUUCAAUGCCUGCAAGUUCUCUGCUGAUCGGUAAAUUUCUUGUGUCAUUUACCUUCGACUAUACUUCAUCCUGCAAAUGUGUUGUUGUUUAACUGCAGGCUGUUGAUCAUCCAUAUCUCGUCGUCUAUUCAAGAACUGUUGAUGCGCCAAAUGAAAGCAAUGAAAAUACUUCUGCGGGCUAUUGUGGCAUUUGCCAUGAUCCUGCUGAGGAUCCAGUGGUGAGAUCUUAUUUUUUCUGGUUUUACAUUGAUUACUUAUGCGGAGAUAGUGGGUUCUUUCUCUUAACCACUCUCUUUCAACUUCAGGUUACCUCCUGUGAUCAUUCUUUCUGCAGAGCUUGCUUAUUGGAUAUCACACCAGCUCUCAGAACUGUCUCAUGUCCAUCAUGUUCAAAACCUCUUACGGUUGACUUGACGACAGCUAACUCAGGGGAAAAGCGGGCCGAAAACAGUAUCAUAGGUUUUAAACAUUCGAGUAUCCUGAACCGAUUAAAUAUUCAAAAGUUCAAAACUAGCACCAAGAUUGAUGCUCUGGUACUAUUUUCCACCCUUCUGGAUUUAUGGAGAAUGCGUUAAAUUCUAUUCUCCACUAUUUGGAUUUGAAGACGUUGUUUUUCGUUUUUUUUUCGUACAUUGUUCUUGUUUCAUGCUUGUGAAUCAGAAUCCUCUCAAUGGUGAAUGCAUCUAUGAUUCAAUUGCCACACUGGAUGUGAUCCAUAAUGUCCAAUCGUUAACAUUCAGGCUAUGACUCUGCCAUACCUUAUGAUCCGUGUGGACAGAACAGGUUGACUUGUGUAUAUAUGAUAUCCUUGGUGAAAUAAUCCUUGUUGUUUUCUGUUUCUGCCUAUUUUUUAAAAUGUACCGGCUAGAUGGAGAGACUUUUUCACUUAUCAUAAAGCUAUUUCAGUUCAUUGCCAGUUUUUACCUGAGCUUUGGAUGCUGCUGGAGAGUCGUUAGACAGUGUUAGUCAACUGAACGACGAGCCCUGGCUUCAAUGCCACAUACCAUCUACUUCUGCUGGAACUAAGUAUUGCUAUCUCUGUGAUUUCGAGUUCCCAAAAUGGCCCACUAUUUUCAAGUUGUGUUGGAUCUUGUUCUCUUCUCCACUGACAUAUAACUUGCUAAUGAGUCUGUUUUCCUUUUGAGCAAUGUUGUCUACUCAUGUUUCACAGAUUAAAAACUUUUAAAAUAGUUUCAACUUUCAGUCUCUGAAACUGUUUUCUUUUCUUAAAAUGAAGCCGCAUGCUUCCUGCUUUGUGAUUUGUGCUGGCUAGUCUGCAUAGAGGAGCAAGAAGUUCUAUGCUUCCUGGUGAUUUGGAUCGUUCUUGAUACCUACCAGUAAAUGACGGUUUGCUUGGAGGGAAAAAAAAAAACAAAAAACAAAAAACAUACACUUAGAUUGACUUUGCUUCUAUGCUUAAUAAUACUUGUUUGAAAAUCGUCGUGAAAGCCCACAUUGUCUGGGAUCUCUUCCAUUUUCUGCCUAAUUUUAGGAUAUAUACAAAACAGCCCUGUGCAAGAAAAGUCGAAGCUGAUCUUUGGCUGUCUAGCCGAUUCUGUAGUUCUUGUGGAUCAUCCGGUUGGAGUAUGGUAAGCUCAAUGGAUACAAAGUUAGAAAAAAAAUCGUCAAAAAGGAAAAGCCAGAGCAAUCACAUGAUGAUAGAUAUGCUCCUUUUCUCCAUCAAAAAGGGAUCAGUCUUCUCUCCCUCGGGUGAUCACUUUGGAUUUGUUCUUGUUUCACUUUAGUUUCUAAUUCAAUCAACAGCAAAUAAUUUUCUCCAUCUACAUAUAGACUGAGGGUCUUGUUUUAAAAAUCCUUUAAAAUCUUUAUAUUUUAGAUUUCUUCUCUCUCGCGUUGCAGAAAGAGGAGAUAAUGCUCAUGGCUGAGGCUGAUAGCUCAGCGAAAGGAAUAGUAUUCAGUCAGUUCACAUCUUUCCUGGAUCUCAUAAAGUACUCCCUGGUGCUGGUACCCCCCGACCACCACCACCCUCCCAAUCUAUUUAUUUAUUUAUAUAUUCAUUCAUUCAUUUAUGUAAUUAUGUAUUUGUAUGUUUUUUUGGCAGUCUGGGGUGAGCUGUGUUCAGCUGGUGGGAAGCAUGAGCCUUGCAGAGAGGGAGAGGGCGAUCAGCUCCUUCACUGAGGACGCGGACUGUAAGAUCUUCCUCAUGAGCUUGAAGGCUGGUGGGGUCGCCCUCAACCUCACAGUCGCCUCUCAUGUAAAUAACUGUCUGCCCCCCCCCCCUCUCUCGGUCUCCUUCUCCACGGUGGUCCCCACCUUGAAAUGGUCUUUCAUGGCAGGUGUUCCUGAUGGACCCCUGGUGGAACCCGGCGGUGGAGCGCCAGGCCCAGGACCGGAUCCACCGGAUCGGGCAGCACAAGCCGAUCAGGACCGUCAGAUUCCUGAUCGAGGACACGAUCGAGGAGAGGAUCCUGCAGUUGCAGAAGAAGAAGGAGAUGGUCUUCGAAGGGUGGGUCAAAAUAUACUACCAUCUGCCCCCUACUACCACCCCCGCUUCAACCACUCACUGUGGAGAGGAGAACGGGGUAAUCAAUCUGACGUUGACCGUGGUGGGACAGGACGGUGGGCGACUCCGCGGAUGCCAUGGCGAAGCUGACUGAGGAGGACUUGAAGUUUCUCUUCCAGAACUGA